CCUCUCUCGCGUCCAUCUUGCUCCCCGCAUGUGUCUGCUGUUAGUUUACAGGUCAGUGAGGAGCUUUAAAUACCUUCUUCCAAAUACUGUUUCCCCCCAAACCGACGGCAAGAGAUGAAAGAAUCAAUUAUGAAUCAAGAAAAACUUGCUAAGCUACAGGCACAAGUCCGCAUCGGCGGCAAGGGUAGUGCUCGCAGAAAGAAGAAGGUUGUGCACAGAACGGCAACCGCAGACGACAAGAAGCUGCAGUUCUCCUUAAAGAAACUCGGUGUCAACAACAUCUCCGGUAUCGAAGAGGUUAACAUGUUUACAAAUCAGGGAACAGUCAUCCACUUCAACAAUCCCAAAGUGCAGGCCUCCCUCGCGGCCAACACCUUCACCAUCACCGGCCACGCUGAGACCAAGCAGCUGACCGAGAUGCUGCCGGGUAUCCUGAACCAGCUGGGAGCCGACAGCCUGACGAGCCUCAGGAGACUUGCUGAGGCUUUGCCCAAACAGGUUGCAGAUGGAAAGGCGCCGAUUGCAACAGUAGAAGAAGAAGAUGAAGAUGAUGACGUUCCAGAUCUGGUGGAGAAUUUUGAUGAAGCGUCCAAGGAUGAGGCUAACUAGAGGAAACGGGACUCCCUGUCGUUUAAAAACUUGACAGGACCAUGUGAGGCACAAGAUGUUUUUUUAUGUCCAUUUCGAGAGGUGGAAGCGCUAAUUGUUAAAGUACCCGAGAAGAGGAAUAAUGUCAACUUUUGGCUGUGAGCAUUCUGUCAAAUGUGCACCACCUGAACAAAGUAAUUGCCUACUCUUAUGAAUUAUUUUGAGUCAUUUUCUAUAAUAGUACUGAAGUAUUCAAAACCGUGGGGAAAGCAGUAUUGAAGCGUACGGUAUUUUAGUACUCAUUCCACUUCUUCUUUCCCACCACUCUCCACAUGCUUGUUGUGCUCCGUAUGUCCAGUUAGAGGAGAUUGUGUGUAAAUUGUGUUCAUGGCUCCCGCUGUACGUGUUACUGAACCUUCAUUUUUCAUGGCCUCGCUCAAACCUCCAUAUAUGGAAUAAACCGUUGCUACUGUCCACAAAA